UCAAAACAAUCCUGAAGGUGUGUGUGUGAGAGAGAGAGAGAGAGAGAGAGAGAGAGUAGGGCGAUGGUCGUGGUUGAUAUAAACCUGUUAACUUUUUUAUUAUAAAGAUAGACAGUUUAGAUCUGUCAUGUAUAGUUAGAUAGAUUAAAGUAAUGUUGGUUAUUAUUGUAAGUAAUAUAGGUGUGUUUUUAGGUUGCCUGUGUGAAUGAACAGUGAGGUAGAGUGAUCAUUAUUGUAUAUUAAUUUAAAGAGAUAAUCAGUAAGAGAGAGAAAGAAAGAAAGUGCACAGAAAAUGGAGGCUGAAGAGAAAUCAGUAGUUGCUGCUUGUACGAGUGUUGAAGUGCCCAAGCCGCCCUCCAUCGAGGACUUCAUGGUGCUGAAGCCGAUCAGCCGCGGCGCCUUCGGGAAAGUCUUUCUGGCCCGGAAAAAGAACAACUCCAAACUGUAUGCUGUGAAGGUGGUGAAGAAAGCGGACAUGGUGGAUAAGAACAUGAGUGAUCAGAUGCGGGCUGAGAGAGACGCUCUGGCCCUCAGCAAAAGCCCCUUCAUCGUGCACCUGUAUUACUCCCUGCAGACGGCCAGCAAGGUUUAUUUGGUCAUGGAGUACCUGAUCGGCGGGGACGUGAAGUCUCUGCUCCACGUCUACGGCUACUUCGACGAGGACAUGUCUUUAAAAUACAUUUCAGAAGUGGCACUAGCUUUGGAUUACCUUCACCGACACGGCAUCAUUCACAGGGAUCUGAAACCUGACAACAUGCUGAUCAGCAACGAGGGCCACAUCAAGCUCACUGACUUCGGCCUCUCCAAAGUGAAACUCGACAGGGAAUUGAACCUUAUGGAUAUAUUGACCACGCCCUCUCUGGCCAAACCGAAGAAGGAUUAUUUCCGGACGCCUGGUCAAGUUUUGUCCUUGAUAAGUUCUCUUGGUCUUAAUACUCCAGUGAUGGAUGGGAAGCGUCACAGCAGCGCCUCGGCCGUGGCCAGUCCUAUGACGUGUGGAAGAGCUGAGCAGAGAAAGAGCUCGCUUUGUUCACCGCUGUUGGCUAGAAGACGAGAGCUCCUGCAUUCGCCGAUCUGCCCGUCACGAGGCCUCGGAGUUAACAGUGUGUUCAGUCCCAGCGUGCUGGCCAAAAGUCUGACUCCGAGGCUGAUGAAAUCCAGGAAGAGGUUCGAGUCUUUAAGUGUUGGCAGUGCUCACUCGUGCCUGCUGCCGUCCAGCGACUCGGAGAGCUGCGUCAGCCCGCUGUGGGAGGACGAGCAGUUGCAGAAAUUAGGAGGAGAUGAAAACAUCCCGCCUCCAAACAUAAAGAACGGAGCUGACAAAGUUGGGCACAAACUUCCCGUGGCUGCUGUGGAGGGAAAGAUGAGCGGUGAAGUGUGGAUUCCUGGAUACGACACUCCUCAGACACCUCUUCACAACUCGGGCUCAAGAUCACAGGCUGCAAGUAAACAACGUCCAGUUGAAGUGGAUUGUAGAAAUGGAAAGCCGAAUAUUUCAGCAGGAAAGAGACUCCCGUUCACUGACUCUGAUCUCUGUGUGACGCCUGGUAAGACUCCGCUCAAACCAUCGUCGGACAACAGGCUUACGAAACCUGAGAGGAGCUUCCUCGAUGUUUGUAGGUCUUUAGAGAAAGGAUCUGCUCUAAAACCAGGCUCGUCAGUGAAACGAGACUUUACGGAGGUGGACAAAAGCCCCGAGCAAGCUGAGAUCCAAGCAAAGAAGAGCAACACCGAGUACAAGCGAUGUUUUCCCAUUCCGGAGAAUGACUCCAGACUCCAUACGGGUCUGACCGGGAUUUUCUCUGCUGUCGGUUUGGGGAAUGACGGAGGAAUCCCGAAACAGUCCAGCCCUACAAAAGUGGCCAAGAAUCUUUUGUGCGAGCUGGAGGAACCGGGCGAGAACAUGACCAUCUCCGGCCUCACUUCCUCUCCCCAAGAGGUGAGACGAAGCCUGAGCUUGGACUCGGAUAGCUCGGUUCAUGAAAUGUCUGUGAUCACGAACACACCUCCUCCACGUGGAGCAAAAGAUGCUCUGGCGUCCUCAUUUGAGGAUGAAAAUGAAACAUCUGCCAUUAUAGAAGCACCGUCUUUAUCAGCGUCACCGAAGCAUCACGAGGAAGACCAUCACCUCCAUGUUGCCUCAAGCAGUCUGCUCAAAUCACCUCCGUUCCUCAAGCCUAAGAACGUGGUGGCCUUCAGAAGCUACUGCAGCUCCAUCAACCGCUCCAACCUGUCCUACAGCUCGCGCCUCAGCUUGGCCUCGAUGGACGGCAUGGACGUGACGAUGUCGACCUCGUUCCAGACCGCGCCUGCCGCCAUCACGCCUGUGCAGAAGAAGAGACCCAGCCUCAACAGCUCACUUUACCAGACCCCUCAACCGAUGACCAUGUCUCAUACCCCUUAUCGAACACCCAAGAGCGUACGUAGAGGUCCAGAACCAGCGGAGAAUGCCCCAAUCCUCGGGACCCCUGACUACCUCGCCCCAGAGCUUUUACUAGGGAAACAUCACGUUGCAGGAUCAGUUGCGUACGACUUCAUGGUGGACUGGUGGGCGCUGGGCGUGUGCCUGUUCGAGUUCCUCACCGGAGUGCCUCCGUUCAACGACGAAACUCCUCAACUCGUCUUCCAGAAUAUUCUCAACCGAGAUAUUCCAUGGCCUGAUGCAGAAGAGGAGUUAUCCCCCAACGCUCGAGGUGCCAUAGAGAUUCUCCUCAGUACAGACGUCACCAAACGGGCUGGGCUUAAAGAGCUGAAAGAGCAUGCGUUCUUUGCGGGUUUGGACUGGGACAAUCUCCAGAACCAGGCCAUGCCUUUCAUUCCCGAGCCCCAUGACGAGACCGACACGUGCUACUUCGAGGCAAGAAACACUGCGCAACACCUGGCUCUCUCUGGCUUCAGUCUCUAACACACACACACUCACACACUCUGACUUGCACAUACGCACUCAUGCUCGUGAAUUUCCUGACUAUGAGUGUAAUGACUGUGAUUCUUUCUUCCUUUCCUCAUCACUUUGCUAAUGAUUUAUGACUCUUGAGUCAGUUGUUCUGACUCGGCUUCUACAGAGACAUUUUCAAAAGUAGUGAGAUGUAGCACGAAGCUAUUCAUUAAACUCCUCAGCGCUGACUGUAUGAUUCUGUCCACGAUUCAGACAAAAACAGAUCUCAGAUCAAAACUCUAAAUAUUACACAUUUUAUAUAUAUAUAUAAGCCCUGUUGGUGUUAGUUAAUAUUAUUUUGGUGUUUUGUGUGUCUGUAUGAGUAAUAUAUUGUUCCUGCUGCUAUGUGUAUAUACUCUAACUUGCUGAGGGUUUCAGAGAUCUGGGCUUAAAAUAUCAUUUGCGUUUCAAAUGUCUUUAGCGAUGAUCUGACCUGCAAAACAGCAUCUUUUUUUUUUUUUUUUGGAUAAUGUGCCACACAAAAACUGAUUUUUCUCACGUUUCAGUGUGUUAGAUAAAACUGUUACAUGGUGUACAACUUCAAAUAAAAUCCUUUUAAUAUCUCAGAAUUGUAUUUGUGUAAAUGCGAUUUGUAAGCAUUACACACUUCUGAGUCAAUGUUUUAUGUUUUUUUUCGUCAUGUUUCCUUUCUACACUCUCAGAAAUAAUUAUUACAUGGUGUGGAAGUUCAAAUAAAAUCAGAUUAAUAUCAUCA